GGUUAACAAGUUCCUCCUGUUCGCGCACAUGAGUCUGGGGUCUGUCCCAAGCCUGCACACCCCCCCAUCUGCGCAGACUUUUCACUUAUCCCUAAACGUUUUUGAUGCCAGAAUACAUGCAGGAUCAAAGGUUCUGUAGUGGAUUGUGAGGUCACUUAAUGGCACAGAACAGAUACUGUGUACGUUUUGAUUAAUGAACAGGGAGCUGCAAACGACUUGACCGAACUAUGCAACUGAACAACAGCUGGAUGUGUGUGACUUAAAGUGUAACUGAAGUGAACUGAACAGCCUCUUCAACAACCAGUGCAAUCCCAUGCUGGGUGUGACUGUGUGAGGCUGUCUGUCUGCGAGGUGUCCCUGGGUCUUGACUGAGAACAGGAGAAAAACAGAGGGAACCGAAAAAGGAUCUGAGCAUGGUUCAUGCUGUGGCUAUGGCUCAGGGGAAAAAGAGGCCAGCGGUCCCCUCUCCUGAUGGGGGCUGGGGCUGGAUGAUUGUGGCCGGCUGCUUCUUGGUCACUGUCUGCACACGUGCCGUCACCAGAUGCAUCUCCAUCUUCUUUGUGGAGUUUCAGAUGCACUUUGGAGCGGACUAUUCAGGGACAGCCUGGAUCCACAGUCUGGUGGACUGCACCACUAUGCUGUGUGCUCCUCUAGGCAGCUUCAUUGGGAACCGUCUGUCGUGCCGCAUCGCUGUGAUCCUUGGUGGCUUUCUGUCCUCCAUCGGCCUGGUCCUCAGCUCUUUCGCUACCAGCCUGGAGUACCUGUACCUCACCCUGGGGGUCCUCACAGGUAUUGGAUUUGCCCUCUGCUACACCCCUGCCAUAGCCAUGGUGGGCUCAUAUUUCUGUGAGAGGAAAGCCCUGGCGUACGGGAUCGCCAUGUCAGGCAGUGGCAUCGGGACCUUCAUCCUGGCCCCUGUCGUCCAGAUGCUCAUAGAGCACUACUCAUGGCGUGGGGCCCUGCUCAUCCUAGGGGGUGUCGUUGCCAACCUGUGUGUUUGUGGGGCAUUACUGCGCCCUAUCACUCUGAAAGAAGAAGAGGAGGCUCAUGGUCCAGUCCCGUUGGACACUGAGUGUGGAUAUGGGGUGAAAGCUCCGGUGGUAAGCAUGUUAGAGGAAUCACUGGCGAUCAACAACAACAACAACAGCCACCGCUGCUUCUGCUUCCAGUCCAUACAGGAGUACUGCUUCCUGCUCAUGCCUGACUUCCUGAUGCUGGCAGUGAGCUUCUUGUUCCUAGCCAGUGGCUGCAGCCUGCCUUUCGUCUACCUGGUUCCGUAUGCACUGGACGUGGGUGUGAGCCACCACCAGGCCGCCUUCCUCAUGUCCAUCCUGGGGGUCAUUGACAUCGUGGGGAACAUCACCUUCGGCUGGCUCGUAGACAGGAGGUGCCUGAAGAAGUAUCGUAAUGUGUGCUACAUGAUAGCAGUGGGCAUGGAGGGACUGUGCUGCCUCUUCAUCCCUCUCCUGCGAACGUUCGCCCUGCUGGUGCCUUUCUCUGUGUUUUAUGGGUACUUUGAUGGCGCCUACGUUGCCCUCAUACCUGUGGUGACCUCGGACAUUGUGGGGACACAUAACCUCUCCUCCGCCCUAGGGAUUGUCUACUUCCUACAUGCCAUCCCUUACCUGCUCAGCCCUCCAAUAGGAGGCUGGCUGGUUGACACCACAGGCACCUACACGGCCACCUUCUUCCUCAGUGGCUUUGCCCUCAUCUCCAGCUCCCUGGUCAUCAGCACGGUGACGGGGAUACGCCACUGUCGCAGGACCCAAAAGCACAGAAACAAAAAUAAAAACACAGACCCCAAACAGGAUCCUUGCCGAUCAGACUUCUACACAGCCUCAAGUAAAGAUGUGAACCCUUCAGUCAACACAGCAAAUUCUUAACAUUGGACGCUUUUAUGUAAUUAUGCAUUUGUUUUGUUAGAAUACCAAAGUACAUUGAAGAUUAUGAGAAACAGUCAUCAAUUGGUACACAUAAUCUAGCGUGAUAGUUCAGAAUUGGGAAUGACUUUCCUCAGAUGCUAAAUGGACACUAAAUGGAAGGUAAAUAAUUAUGCUGUAACCAGAUAAACUUUAGCCAAAAUAUGGACUUAAAAUAAUCUCUCUAUCAUGCCUGUGAUGUUAUUGCACCUUUUAUGUGCCUUUCUCUUUCAGGGUUGACAUGACUGCCAAUUUAAAUGUAACUAAGGAAGCUGUCAUCAAGGCAAAGGGUGGGUACUUUGAAGAAUCUCAAAUAUAAAAUAUAUUUUGAUUUGUUUAACACG